AUGACUUUAAACAAGACGCUGAUAUCAAUAGCACAAGGCGUGUGUGACCGGCCGGCAGGGGAUGCUCACGCCUCCAUGGUACUCCAGCAUGCUAGAGGUGUAACCUUACUCACCAUAUCGACUUCACCUGAACUUAAGGUAAAAUUUAGAAGUGUAACCAGCCUUGUUCUGAGCUGCAAUUAUUCAGUGGAACAUGGAGAAAGUAUAUCAGAUGGAGAGAUUAAAUGGCAAAAACAAAUAAACAAUAGUUUUGAAGAUGUUGCGGUGUUUUCUCCUCUUGGCGGACAAGAACCCUAUAUUCACCCUGACAUGGUUUCUGAUCUUGGAAAUAGAACAAAACUUGUAACAUUAAAUACUAAUGUAUACUCCAGUGCCACAUUGGUAAUACACGAUGUUGUCUGCGGUGACGAAGGAUUGUACCAAUGCUGGAUAGAGUAUUUUGACGCUAUCGACCUUAGAGAUGAAUGGAGGAAAAGCUCAUCUUUAUUCACUGAAUACAAAGUUUCCAGAAAGGACAACGGAAUGAAAUUUCUUUGUUCCUCACAAAAUAAUCUUACACAGGAGCCAGGACCGGAAGAUCUCAAAAGAAUCUCAGUUCUUUAUGAACCAGGAGCUCCAGUAAUUGAUCUUGUGCCGUUCAAAGAAAUGUACUUCGCCGGUGACGAUUUAAAACUGGAAUGUGUUUUGACGGUAAUCCUUCCCCAAGAUAAAAUUGAGUUUAGUUGUUCUUUGUUGUUAAUUUACCAUAUACCAACUUCAGAGGGCAGAGGAAAAGAGAUUAAGAAUUUGGUCAGGGACUUCAUUGAGGCUUGGCAGUGUGUACGUGAACAACUUCUAACAUUCACUUUCCCCACACUGGAAGGACUAGGUAAGGUCCCAAAGGAGUACUGUCAGAAGAUGAUUACUGAGAGCCACCCUGUAUCAGUUCUGUUACCCACCUUCAGGGACGCUGGACUCUGCUCCUAUGGCCUCCUCUACUUUCUACUUAAAAAACAAAAUAACUUCCUCCAGGAAUACUGCAAGAAGAAGAAAAUGCAGUACACACAGCUUCCCAAGGUCACGGUGAAUGACAUAACGUCCCCCCACCUAAUCAGCUACCACCCUGACCGGGACAUCCUCCCCAUGGUCCUGGCCAACUGUCACUACACCUUCCAGGUUGGCAAGGGAACCAAGAUAGAUUACAACUUUGGGGACCUGGAGCGCCAGCUGAUGGACCGAUUCCUGUUCUCCAAGUCAGUCAUAGAUAUGCCUGUUUAUGAGUUUGAGUUGAUGACAUACAGAUCAGAGACAACUAAUGCAGUGGUGUUUAGACAUCUUAGACAGAAAAUCAAGCAGGAACCUUUGACCCCUGCAGUAGCCAAUCAGAUCAGUGAAGAGAUCAGAGCUUACCCUGACCUCUGUCAGACACUUGAUAAACUUGACAUUACCAUCAGCUUCCUGAAAUCAGUAGGGGGUGAUGCUAACAUGUCCUUGGAGAAGUUCAUGACCCAGACACUUAAAAUGGAAAAUCCAUUCCCCAGUCAAAAGGCAAGGUCCUCCUGUGUGUGUAAGCAUGCUCAGUCACUCUGGAUGACUUUAGCAAUGGAGAAAACCAAAAGACAAGCCUCACAUAAGGAGGAUGCCUUUGAGGGUGUGUCGGGUGAGUUGAGGGUGGACCUCCUCCCAGACCAGCGUGACGUCAUCACCUCAUUCUGUGAGGAACUCUCCAUAGAGAGACUAGAACUCCUGCUGGAAACCCUGUUUGAGUGUAUCAUGUUGACCAUCACAGUCCCUAAAGGAACGGAUGAUGAUGAUUUAGACAUGACCAAGCUCAGCCUAAGAGACACGAUGAUUGGAUAUUUAUCAGCUCCUCAAUAUGACCUUGACCUGACCUACCCAGGCUGGAUGACUGACCUAGUGGGGAGAAUCCCCAAUGAAGGCGAAAACUUUACCAAGAUCAUGAACAAUCAGGCAGUGGAUGUGUGGCUGUUUUUAUAUGUCAUCUACUCCCAAAAACGAAUUGAAAGGAGAUAGAGUUUUGUGUUGAAUGACAAAGUGAAAGUGGGAGAUUCUCAUAAAAACAAAGUGAAAGUAGAUUAAAAUGCUAAAGACAUAUUGCUCAAGAUAGAGUAAAAAUAGAGUAAAAUAAAUUUUUGUAUUUGUUGUACCUUGUGUUUCAGAUAAUGGUAAUGUAUUCAUGCAGAAAGGGAGAUUAGUACAUGUUUUCUUGAGUUGAAGACAUUAUUUUUAAGAUACCAUGCAUGUACAAUUAGAGUACUGCUGAAUGCAUAUAUUGAUUCAUUUCAUGAACAACCAUAUUAAAGAAAAGCACUGUGGUGAUGUCAAUGCUUCAGGUUCUUUGUGAUAAAAAUACAUAUGUGCCAAUGAAUAUUUGUACAUAUAGCUGCAUUAGAAUCAUUUAAAUAUUUUGACAAGUUUUCCAUGACGAUAUUUGGACAUUUAUUGUUGUAUGUGAGUUUGAUACAAUUGCAAACAUUUUGAAUACAAUUAAGUUCUAAAAAGUCUAUAGAAAAACUUUGAUAUACAUGUACUAACUCGGGUUUCACUGUUUGUUUUAUACAUACAUUCAUAACAUGAAUUCAUAACAAAAUAUCAGGUAUAUGUACUUUCGAUAAACUGUACAGACUGACUCUCAGAUUCUUUGAUGUUAUAAUGUUUUUUUUUUUAAAUGUAAUUGUAUUUUGAUAAAUGUGUGUUCUAGACAUCAAAUUUUUCUUGUGACAACAUAACUUACCCAAUACAACACAAGAUUAGGGGACCAUGCAUCCUCUACCCGGUAUUUUGUAGUGUGCAAUUAUUUUUUUUAUCUACACAGUUUAGAAUAUAUAAACACAUUCAAAACAGGUUUAAUCAACUAUAUUUUUUCAAAGAUUUUUUUCUCUUUGAAAAAUUGUAACCAUGCAUUAUUGAUGUUAUUUGUUUGGAAGACUGAAGUUGUUGAAUGGUGUGAAUGCACAUUCAUUUGUAAGAAGUGUUAAUCUUUGUGCCAACAUUGAAUUGUAAAGAAGUUAUUAAAUUCUGAUUCAUUCAUUAAGACUGCACUUAACUUCACUUAUUCUUGUUCACUCAUGGGGGAACAUAGGGCCGCAACCACACCACGCUAGACUGCAAAUUUACAAAGUGAAAACACCUGUAUGGAUGAACAACACAAAAGCCAAGAAAUUUAAACUUAUUGUUACUUUUUUUCUGAGGGCCUGUUUAUAUAUUUAAAAAAAAGAAAUGAAGAAUUAUUUGCAUGCCUUCAUUUUAGAAAAUCUUAUACAUGUAUAUUAAAUUAUAAUCAGGUUUAUAUCACUGAAUGCUUUCUGUAACAAGACUAUAUCAUUAGCUUUUUUUUCUUUAUAGUGCUUGUGAUUUAAGUGAUGGUCAAUUCAUGUGUGCAAUAAAGUAUUUG